GAAAUGACUAUGCAAACUGAGAAAAACUAAAUGGGCGCCCUGUAAGCGGACAAUUUCUUGAGAACGCUAGAUACAAAUGAAGAAGACUCCAAAUAUUUAAGGGACUGGAUCCAAUUCAUCGAAUUAACAAGUAGACAUGAAAGCUUCUGUGAUAUUCCAAAUCCUCUGUACACUAUGGUUCUGUUUGAUUAUUUUAAGUGAAGGUCAAAUUGUUGGGAAGUUAGAAACUCAGUUUAAAAAUCCUCUAGAAAACUUUCCUCUAUUGAACAUCGAGUUUGAUCACCAAACUAGGAACGUCUUUGUGAGCGGCAAGAAUAUUCUUUACAGGUUUAGAAUGUAUGGAACAAAACUGAUCAAGAAGAUGACUAGAAAUACUGGACCAGUUGUUGACUGUUUCCCACAGUUGUCAUCUGUGGAGUUUAAAGAAUACUGUGGACACGACUACAAUACAGUGAUGGUUGUGACACCUGAUAGUUUGAUUACCUGUGGUACACUGAGAGGUGGACUUUGUUUAACACGUGACAAGGUGUCUCUAAACAUUACCCUCACUUCCCCAGAUGUCCGCUUAGUUUCAGAUGAGCAGGCCUCCGCCUUGGGAAUCUUCUUAAAUAUUACAGACAAAAAUUCUCCUGGAAUGUUUCAAAAUAUUGUCUUGUUUGCGAAAGAGUACACAACUUUACCACUUAGCCCUGUAAAUUUGGAGGAAGCUGCCAUAUUCUCAGUUUUACCAGACCUAUCACACAAGCAGAUAGGUUUUUCAAAAUUUGGAAAAAUAUUUGAUAUGGUUUUGAGAACACCAGUGAAUGUUGUAAUGGACUACAGAGUGGCGAUUGAAAAUGAGAAAUUUGUUUUCCUUCUGGUAAAUCAGAAUUCACAAUCAAAGUUUGUUAAGGUCUGCAAGUCCAUAGUUAGUGAAGAUCCAAAGAAAGUUUAUGAAGAUAUUCCUAUAUCUUGUAAUUCACAAGAAACAAUCUUGACACAUGUAAAGCAUGGAAUGUUUAUUACCCUGUUUGGAAAGAGGUACUUAAUAACUCUUUUUUCAAGUUCAAAACCUACUCUAUCCGCAAUGUGUGUUUUUGAAGAAAAUGAGAUUUAUCAGGCAUUUCUAAAGUCAAGAAAACACCGAUACAUGUGUCCAAAGAAUGAUAUUCGACCAGAAGAGAUGAUAUUUGAUAAAGAUAACCGACUUCCAACCUGUAUAUCUGUCAAUUUGUCAGUUUCCAAUUUUUAUGACACUUUUCACAAAGGAGAUUAUUGUAAUGAUGUGACAAAUAAUCAACCCCAGUUUGGUAUCAUUAUGGGACUCUUACCACUACAAGGUAAUGCAGUGUACUCCACCAAGUCUCACCGAGUCACAGUCGCCGGAAGUUCAACUAUUAACAACCUGACAACUGUCUAUAUUGGAACAGAUAAUGGAUAUGUCAUACAAGUUUUCUAUGACGCAGUAAAAAAAGUCGUGAUUGAGCUUCGGGAAAUCAGAGUGGAUAAAUCUGAAAUUAGAGCUGUCAGAAAUGUGAAUGGAGAGAUAUACUUUAUGUCUCAAAACAAGAUAUCGAAGUGGAUCCAGGAGACCCAGUGUGGUCGAUAUUCAGAUAACUGUAUGCAAUGUAUGGAUGUAAGGGAUGCUAACUGUGGAUGGUGUGUAACCAACACUAGAUGUAGCACAAAAAUAGAAUGUUCAAGUUUGUCACCUGACUCCUGGCUUCCAUCCGUGAAAAAAGAAUGUCUUAGUCUGGAGUUUCAGAACCAUCCCUCAGGAUUUGUUUACAAAUUGGAUGGAACCAAUACAGUAUCAGUGAAUUUGUCUGUGACUUUUAAGCCACCACUGAAAGCUAAUUACAACAUGAGAUGCAGACUUGGGGGAAGAUCUAUACCAACAGUAUUUGUAUCUGAUAAGAUUCAGUGUAUAAUCGAACCCAGGGAUGAACAAAGUAUAAUGUUAUCAUACCGAGAAGAAGAAACUCCACUCCAGAUCUGGCUGAAUGGCAAUGUCAUAGCUGAAAGACAGAUACUGUUCAUCAAAUGUUCCAGUUUUCCCAGUUGUGGAUCAUGCAUUGCGGAAACAAGAUUAGAUUGUUACUGGUGUACAGAGGAGGCUGUAUGUAAACCAUCCAGGAGUAGCUGCAUAAAUAAUUUGAAGAGUUAUUUUUUUUUUUAUUUUAAGGUUACGGCAUGUCCUCAGAUUUUAAAUCAAACCGUGUCAAUUCCAACUGGACGGUCUAGGACAUUUGUAUUUAGAGGAAAUAAUCUUAAUGUACCCAAAGACUUUACCUACUGGUGUAAAGUGGGAGUUUCAGGUACUUUUCGUGGGAGAAGAAUACCAGGAACAAACAAUAUACAGUGUUUAAAUAUUAAGACUGUAAGAGAAGAAUACACACCUAUAGAAAUUGAGUAUGGACCUGGUGGUAAUGUUCCAUUGGAAGUUUUUGAUGGAUUUAUUUUUUUGUAUGCAUACAAAUGUGAGUCACUUUCUCCAUAUAAAGAGGACUGUAGCACCUGCCACCACCUGGAUCAGUCCAUGGGAUACGAGUGUCAGUGGUGCCAACGUACAGGCUGUGUGGACAUAGAUAAUGACCAGUGCAGACGGGUGGAAACCUGUGGAGGACCUGUAGUUACAAAAAUAUCUCCAAAAGAUGGUCCUCCAGAAGGAGGGACAGUGGUCACUAUAGAGGGAUUCAAUUUUGGAAUUCAAUCAUUUGUGACGGUUACUGUCGCUGGUGUGCCAUGUAACAAUGCGACAUUCAUUGGUCGGAGGAUAAAUUGCAACACAUCACACAAUUUUUUUGAUUCCACGAAGAACUCUGAGAAAAGUGGACAUGUGAUUGUGAUGGUGGAUGGGAAGAAGUCGUCAGAAGACAUUCAAUUUACCUACAAGAUGCCAAAAAUAACAAGUAUCUACCCAAGCCAAGGUAUUUUGUCCGGAGGGAGGACCGUUUUCCUGAAAGGAACUAAUCUUAACAUCGGCAAUAUGGAGUAUGCAGUAGAAUUUAUCAAUAUAGACGUGUUUAAACCAUAUGUAUCCGUAGGAUGUACGAUAAUUAAAGGGUUAUCGGGUAUAGGGGACAUAACCUGUAAACCAAACAAGGCAGUGGACGUAGGGAAGUAUAAAGUGAAUGUUACCUUUGACUCCAAUACAGAAGUGGAUAGUAACGAACAGUUUGAAUAUCUACCAGACCCAGUCAUUAAAGCAACUGAGCCUGCAGAGCUGAAAUCAAUAAGCAGUGGAGGAACAACUUUUAAUGUGAUUGGUGAAGGAUUUACUGCCAUUGAUAGUCUAACAGUGGGAGUUGAGGAUAGUGAGGAAAGAGACUCAACAUGCAGAAUCAUCACCCAAACUAAACUUGAAUGCAAAUAUCCAAGAAACAGAAAAAGCGAAAAGCGACGGAAAAAGAGAGCUUCUAUCUCCUAUAUUGUCAUCUACCUUGAUGGAUUUUAUCAACAAUUCCCUUCUAGUGUAUUGUACGUAGAUGACCCUCUGUUCGCUGCUUUUAAUGAUAAUACAACAUACAACUUUGAUCCAAAUGUUGAAGAGUCCAUUAAACUAGUGGGUAAAGGUUUGACAACUGUGACAAGAAAAAAUGAUUAUCGGGUAUAUGUCGGCUCUGGAGAAUGUAGCAUUACCAACUUGAACGACUCAGAACUGAUUUGCCGUCCACCUUAUAUGGAACCUUCAGCAAGUAUCAACGGUGAUAGAGAAUUCGUCUGGAUCUGC